UUGAAACCAGGAAGUACCCUCGGCAACGUAAGAAAGAGAGGGAACAUCAAAUAUACCCUAAUUCAUUUUGCAAAAAAGGAAAAAAAGAAGAGGGAAUCCAAGACUCAAAUUGAUUCAGAGCGUGCCCAAACUUAGGAAUUGCCCAAGAUUCCUGAAAAUCCAAAUGCACCCCAGAAGCGGGAACAAUACCCUCUGCAAAAUUUUCAAACCACGCUCUUCCACUCCUACAAGGCUACAAUAACAACAACAAUCACAAUCACACACACCAACACCAAUCUCAUUUUCCUCUCUUAACCCUCUGUUUCCCUGCUCACUCCGUUCUUUUCCACUUUUCAAGUUCCCAUGGAAAGAAACCAAGAUGGCAGCGUGCGCCCCCAGCGCGAAGCCAAGAAGCGAGCCGCAGCUGCAAUAUGCGAACUACGUGGCACCGCUAAGAAGAAACGCGCCGUUUUGGGUGACCUCACCAACUUACCCAAUGCCGAUGCUCCGCCGGAGAAAACCGGUUCCUAUACUCACAAGGAGAAAAAAAGAAAGCUCGUGAAACCGACGGAGACAGUAAUCACGCCGGAGAAGUUAAAUGAAACCCAUUUGUGUGGACCCUACGUUUCUGAUAUUUACGACUACCUUCGAAGGAUGGAGGUGGAUCCUAGUAAACGACCGUUACAUGAUUAUGUUCAGAAAGUUCAGAGGGAUGUUAAUGCUAACAUGAGGGGUGUUUUGGUGGAUUGGUUGGUGGAGGUUGCUGAGGAAUAUAGGCUUUCUUCCGACACGCUUUUUUUUUCUAUUUCUUACAUUGAUAGGUUUUUGUCUUCGAAUGUUUUAACGAGACAUAAAUUGCAAUUACUCGGGGUAUCUGCGAUGCUCAUUGCUUCAAAAUAUGAAGAAAUUAAGCCACCUGAAGUGGAGGAUUUUUGUUAUAUUACGGACAACACAUACUCCAAGGAAGAGGUUGUGAAUAUGGAAGCUGAUAUAUUGAAGUCCUUGAAAUUUCAAUUGGGAGGUCCUACAGUGAUGACAUUCCUAAGGAGAUUCUCUAGUGUUGGUCAAGAGGGUGUUGAUGCUUCUGAUCUAAAGUUUGAGUUGCUUAGUUGCUUCCUUGCUGAACUCAGCUUGUUGGAUUAUAAUUGUGUAAAGUUCUUGCCUUCUUUGGUAGCUGCAUCUGUGGUAUUUCUGGCGAGAUUUAUGUUAAGCCCAAAGACACAUCCAUGGAAUUCAGCACUUUGUCAGCUCACUAGAUAUAAACCUACUGAAUUAAAGGAAUGUGUUCUAUAUAUACAUGACUUGUACCUCAUUAGGAGAGGGGGCUCGUUGCAUGCCGUUAGGGAAAAAUACAAACAACAUAAGUACAAAUGCGUGGCAAUAACACCAUCUCCUCCUGAGAUACCUCUUCUUUUUUUUGAAUUUAGCGGGACAGAUUCGUAGGCAAUUGUGACUUGGCUAUUCUUGUUACGGCCUUUGUUUCAACUGUUGGUAGAAAAGGGUUUCCUAACACUAGAGAUGAAGAGUUUUGGACUUUCAAUUGCAUUUGUUGAUACCAAUUUAGGUGCUUGCCAUGAAAUACAAUGGCCUUUAAUGUAUCAAUGCUGGCUUCACUGACUGUGACUGGACUCGCUGACUUUGUGGAGAAUUAGUUUUUUUCAAACAAUUAGGAUUUGUUUGUGGAAGAGUUCUUUCAAGGAGUCACGAUCUCAUUGUAUGUAUAGGGAAGUGCUAUACUUUUUCAUUUUAGUUGCUUCAUUCUAUGAUUUCCAGGAUCUGAU